AUUUACUCGAAAUAAAUCAUGUUUUGUUUGAAUUUCACCAUGUAAUGACUUAACUUCUCUCUCGUCACGUUUCACAUCAUGUUUUAGAUAAUAGGAUUUAUGUUUGCUGGCAAUUACCAUGUGAACUCUAUUACGGUAACUAACUCAAAGGCAGUCAUGUGAGAUGUGGUCUUUGGGAUCAAGUUGGAUGGGAUCUUCUGUAGAGAACAGCAGUCUGUCUGACUCUUUCAACAGCUAACCACCUAACAUGUCCAGAUUACGUUUCAGAAAUGUAUUUUUUGCUAGAUUAUGUGCAGUAUGGUGUGCUUGGAACCAGUGACAAGUGUAUCCUGACCUCCCUACUCUGUGUUGGAGGUGUCUGUCUCUGCAGCCAAUCAAAUGUGACCACAGUUCAACUCGGAAUUGGUCUCGUUCAUGUCUACCUGUCCAGAUUUGAAUAGACCGACAUUAUAAGUAGGACUGACCCCAAUUAUUUGUCUGGUCGAUUGUUUGGUGGUUAGGCUGUUUGUUGGUCAACCAAGAUUGUUUUAGUCGAGCAGUAACCAAUAUAUACAGUACCAGUUAAAUGUUUGGACACGCCUACUCAUUCCAGUUUUUUUCUUUAUAUAUCGUCUCUUCACUGUUGACGUUGAGACUGUUUUUUUUUGCGGGUACUAUUUAAAGAAGCCGCCAGUUGAGGACUUGAGGGAUAUCCUUGUCUCAUCGCGCAUCAGGGAUUCCUGUGGCGGCCGGGCGCAGUGCGCGCUGACCUGGUCGCUGGGUGUACGCUGUUUCCUCCGACGCAUUGGUGCGGCUGGCUUCCGGGUUGGAUGCGUGCUGUGAAAAGAAGCAGUGCGGCUUGGUUGGGUGUGUUUCGGAGGAAGCAUGGCUCUUGACCUACGUCUCUCCCGAGCCCGUACGGGAGUUGUAGCAAUGAGACAAGACAGUAACUACUAACAAUUGGAUACUACGAAAAGGGGAUGAUAAUAAAAACAUUAACAAUUCAACUUUCUGACGUAAUUUUUUUAAUUAAUAUCCCCCUUUUCUCCCCAAUUUGGUUGCAUAGGUCUAAGUAGUAGUAAGCCACAUAUUUCAUUCCAAUUUCGUUCUGACCCACCAGAGUCUCUGGUGGCACAGCUAGCAGUGCAGUGCCUUAGAUCACUGCGCAACCCGGGAGGCCCGUGGGUCAGAAGUUUACAUUUGGAAGACCCAUUUGCGACUACGCUUUCACUUCCUGACUCAUGUCUUGAGAUGUUGCUUCAAUAUAUCCAGAUAAUUUUCCUGUCUCAUGAUGCCAUCUAUUUUGUGAAGUGCACCAGUCCCUCCUGCAGCAAAGCACCCCCACAACAUGCUGCUGCCACCCCUGUGCUUCACAGUUGGGAUGGUGUUCUUCAGCUUGCAAGCCUCCCCCUUUUUCCUCCAAACAUAAUGGUCAUUAUGGCCAGACAGUUCUAUUUUUGUUUCAUCAGACCAGAGGACAUUUCUCUAAAAAGUACGAUCUUUGUCCCCAUGUGCAGUUGCAAACUGUAGUCUGGCUUUUUUAUGGAGGUUUUGGAGCAGUAGCUUCUUCCUUGCUGAGUGGCCUUUCAGGUUAUGUCGAUAUAGGACUCAUUUUACUGUGGAUAUAAAUACUUUUGUACCUCCAGCAUCUUCACAAGGUCCUUUGCUGUUGUUCUGGGAUUGAUUUGCACUUUUCGCACCAAAGUACGUUCAUCUCUAGGAGACAGAACGCAUCUCCUUCCUGAGCGGUAUGACGGCUGCGUGGUCCCAUGGUGUGGAAGUUUACAAUUUUGUUUCUGAGGUCUUGGCUGAUUUCAUUUUCCCAUGAUGUCAAGCAAAGAGGCACUGAGUUUGCAGGCUUGGCUUGAGUCUCAUUCUCGUGCUCUCGGUUUGUUCAUCGAUGGAAAGUUUGUCCGUUCUGCAGACAGACAGACAUGCAAUGUGACCGACUCUUCUGGUGGUGCUGUAUGUAGUACUGUGUGUGCUGUGGAUGAGGAUGCAUCCCUGUCUGUGUCCUCUGGGGCCAGUGGCUUCAAGGCCUGGAGUGCUUUCCCCUGUCAUCUCAGAGCCAAGACUCUACUCCGGUUGGUGAGUAGCCUCCAGAGACACGGUCAGUGUCUGUCAGAGCUGUGUGACCUGGCCCAGUCUCCCAGUUCCCCUUCAGCACUGGUCAGACUGCUGCAGUACUACUCCGGCUGGGCUCAGCUCAGAGACUCACUCAUUCCCGACUGGACACCACGUGGUGUGGUGGUAGUGGUUGUCUCUGACGACUGUUCUCUGUACUCUCUCAUGCUGAAAGUCUUACCUGCACUGGCCAUGGGCAACGCAGUGGUGGCGAUCCCUGGCGUGGGGACAGCGCCUCCUGUUCUGUUAUUGGCUCAGCUGUUUGUGGAGGCGGGACUUCCUGCGGGGGUGCUGAAUGUGGUGACGGGCAGCGUUUUGUCGCUGGGUUCUAAAGUGGCUCAAAACCCGCACGUCAGCUAUGUCACUUACAGUGGCAACAAAAAGGAUGGAGAGAUUCUGUGCAGGGCCACAGCAGGCAUGGGUGUUCCCGUCUCUCUCUCCCUCUCCCUCGGAGCCACCUGUCCCUUCAUUAUCUUUGAGUCUGCCGAUAUCGACAGCGCCGUGGAUGGAGUGAUAGAGACCGCCUUUAAGAAGAACAGAGAGUGCCAGUGGAUGCUGUGUGUCCAGGAGUCAGUGGUGGACAGUGUUGUAGCCCGUCUGAAGGUUCGGAUGGCAGGGAUGAAGAGUGUUCCUCUCCUGGCCGAGGGGGACCGAAAGCUGGUGGACGCUGCAGUACAGGAGGCCCAACAGCAGGGGGCCACGCUGAUCCAGCCGUGUCCCCCGCCCUCCUCCGGUGCUGCCUAUCCCCCCACGGUGCUGUGUGGAGUAGCCCCCUCCUGCACCUGUGUGGUGACCCCAUCCCCCGGCCCUCUGUUGCCCCUCCUCUCCUUCAGGAGCCACGGGGAGGGUGUCACUCUGGGGAACCACAGCCCUCACGGCCAGGCUGCCUCUCUCUGGACUGAAGACCUAACUCUGGCUCUGGAGGCUGCCAAGAGCCUGUCUGUGGGUGCAGUGUGGGUAAACUCCCACUCUGUGAUGGACCCUUCCCUGCCUGUCUCUGGCCACAAGGAGAGUGGCAACUGCAUCGAUGGAGGGAAGGAGGGUCUGUUCCAAUUCCUCCGCCCUUCCUCCUCGCCUCCUCUACCCCGCUCCUCUCCAGCCUCUGUUGAUUACUCCACGUUUGGAACGGCGGCAUCCGCGGCCAUCAUUCCAGAGGGAUCUAAUUCAUCCAGUACCCCUCGUUCCUACCUGCAGUAUGUGGGGGGGAAGCAGUGUAAGUCUGAGUCUGGCAGCAGUGUGUGUGUCCUGGCUCCAGGGGGAGCUGUUCUCGCCUACUGUCCCGACGGGGGGAGGAAAGACGUUCGCAACGCCGUGGAGGCGGCCAUUAAGGUCCAACCUGGUUGGAUGAAGAAAAGCCCUGUGGCCCGAGCUCAAAGCCUCUUCUCUCUGGCUGAGACCUUGGAGAUGAAGAGGCGGGACAUGGCCAUGUCACUCCACUCCCAGACAGGCCUCUCAUUGGAGAAGGCGGACAUGGAGGUGGAGCUGAGCAUCGCUCAGCUCUGUGAUUGGGCCGCUCGCUGUGAUAAGGAAAGGGGCGGAGUUCCGUCCGUCCCACAGUCCGGUUCGGCUCUGUCCAUCCCCGAGGCUCUAGGAGUGGUGGGUGUGGUUCUCCCUGACUCCUCCCCCCUCCUCUCUAUGGUCUCCCUGCUGGCAGCUGCUGUUGCCAUGGGCAAUGCUGUCAUCAUGGUGCCCAGUCCAAAGUACCCCCUGCCUGCUCUAGAGUUCAUCCAGGUUCUCCAGUCCUCAGAUCUUCCAGGAGGCGUGGUCAGCAUUAUAACUGGUGGCAGAGAUCAGCUGACCCAGGCUCUAGCCAAUCACAGUGUCAUCAAGGCCAUAUGGUACUGGGGGAGUAUGGAGGGUUGCCAGUUCCUACAGCACACGUGUGCCAGCCCUCUGAAGAGCCUGUGGCUUCACUGCCAGGAGAAGGAUGGAGGGAGAGACUGGGCCCAGCCUCAUGCCUCACUCCAGGAAGAGAUGUGGAGACAGGCCGUCCAGUGGAAGAGUGUCUGGAUCCCCACUGCUUAGAGAGAGAGGGCGGGAAAGAGACAGAUGGGAGACAGUAGAGUGAGAGAUUAAGUAUAUUAAAACAAUAACAUUUAUUUGAAGUGAAGGGGGCGGGGGGUUGUAAGGGUCAUUCUUAGUCGCGUUCUGGGAAGGAUUUUAUGUAACGGCACUUGACUAUGAAACCUUCUAGGCUGUUCCAGUGGUUUCCUCCCAUCAGAGGACUGUAAUACUGAUGACUCGGUGGUAAAUGACACCAGAUACAUGGAGAGAUGUUAUAACCUGUAUGGAUCACUGACUUCUACCUCCAGUGCUCCUAUGUCUGGUCUGAAUCCUUAAUAGCACUGGCGGUGAUGCAUUCUCUACAGGAAGCCAGCUUUAGUCAGCCAACAAUGCCUUCAUCGUUUUGCCUUAUACUGUAUGUUAUCAAUAAGAGAUUGAGGAAGAAAAAGAAAAAAAAGUAGAUUUCUGCCCCCCAUGAGAAGUUAAUACAGCUGUACCCGAUUAUUAGUACCGUAUUAUGUUCAACUGUAGUAGUGUUCAUAAUCACAAACGUAAGACAUUCCUUUUGUGGGGAUCUUCAAUCGUGCCGGAUAGGCCAGGCCUACUGUGUCAGCACGAGUAGUCUUCACGUUUUUGUCUUAAUUUUUUCUUAUGUCCAAUUAGACAUUUUUAAAUAUAUAUGAUUUAAAAAGAUUCUAAAUAAAUGUACUUCUGAUGUUCAAAAGCCCUAAUUAAAAGAUAAUCACCUCA